CCGGUUUGGGCACGGUCAAGCAGGCGAAGGACGAGUGCCAUUCAAUGCAUUCAAAAAGCAGGCAGGUUGGCACAGUCACUCCCCUCCCGUCGAGGGCUAGUGGUGCAAGGGAAGGAAAGUCCCUUGGUGCAUCCCAGGAGAUGGCACCCUUCCAGAGUCGAGCGGAACGCGGGGAAAGGGCGUUAAAAAUCGCAGCGGAACUUGUGACAAGGGGGCAAAGGACCGGCUGGGAGCUUUUAGUUUCGUUCUCGUUCGACGCUUAGAGCCGGCGCCGCUGGACUUCCUGGUUGUCUCUUCUGCAUGGAGCCCCCGAAGCAGGGAGAAGACCUUUCUGAUCCUACAUCAUUGCAGAUAGAUGAAGGUAACGGAGAAGAUCAUGGGGAUCAACCGGAUGCAAAGCCAGAUAGAAGAGAUCGAUUAUCAAUCUUUAGGAACAAAAAAAAGAAUGGAGAGGAACAACCAGAUCCAGAGGCUUCUUUCAGUAGCCACUACCGAAUCGUUACCCCAACAUUUCAGUAUAACAUGGACUACAAGAAAGUUGGCAAAUGCAUUAUUAUAAACAACAAGAAUUUUGAAGAUCAUACAGAAAUGCGUAGACGAAAUGGCACUGAUAAAGAUGCUGGCGAUUUGCAAAAAUGUUUUCAAAAUAUAGGAUUUGAUGUUGUUGUCUAUAACGAUCAAAGCUGCGAAGAAAUGGAGAAAUUGCUUGAAGAAGCUGCCUGUGAGAACCACAGCGAUGCUGCUUGUUUUGCAUGCAUAUUUUUAAGCCAUGGAGAUGAAGGUCGCAUCUUUGGCACAGAUGGAUCUAUGCCAAUCAAGGAUUUGACUUCAUUUUUUAGAGGUGACAAGUGCCCAGGACUUGUUGGAAAACCUAAACUAUUUUUCAUUCAGGCAUGUCGAGGUUCUGAAUUUGAUGAUGGUAUACAGACAGACUCAGGUCCUUCAAAUGACAAUCUGGAAACGGAUGCCAAUCCCAGAUACAAGAUUCCCGUUGAAGCAGAUUUUUUGUUUGCAUAUUCUACUGUGCCAGGUUAUUAUUCCUGGAGAAAUCCAGGGAAAGGUUCCUGGUUUGUGCAGUCUCUUUGCUCAGUACUGAGCAAGCAUGCAAAACAGUUGGAGAUCCUUCAGAUUCUCACCAUGGUUAACUACAAGGUGGCUACAAACUACGAAUCACAGUGUGAUGACCCUCGCUUCAGUGAGAAGAAGCAAGUUCCUUGUGUGGUCUCCAUGCUAACUAAAGAACUUUAUUUCUGAAAUCACAUCUCUGGUUCUUAUAUCACAUCUCUGGUUCUUAUCAGUAGCAGUUCCCAAGAUCUGGAACCAACCAGAUGUCAUUUUUCCAAAAUAUACAAUGCCAAGAUUACCUCAAUUAAUAGAUACUUUACUACAUUCAAUUUGUAGAGUAUAUUGAUUAGAGCUUCAGUUCUUUGUUUAGCAUCUUUUGGAUGCUAAAAAAAUGCUAAUACCUGUCUUGAUUCACUACUGCUAGGGUCUUUUGUUCACAAAAUGAAUAUAUUUUGAUAUUUCUAUUUUAAGUAUUUUAACGUAGGCUGAUUCCGCAUGGGCCAAAAACAGCAGUGUGAAAAUGGUGCGAAAAUGGUGUAAAAAGUUUAAAAUGGUGUAAAAGGGUUUAUAAUAUUUUCACACCAUUUUCACACCGCUGUUUUUGGCCCAUGCGGAAUCAGACUUUCUUUCUCAGAUGUAGUAGUACUUGUAAGGGAAAAAAGGGAGGGUGUGAAUGGUAGAGAACUAUGACCAAGGUGCAGUGGAGGGUGAUUUUAAGUUUUCAGUAAUUGAAUAGUGAAGAUAUCAUCAAGGUUUACAUAUCAGAGAAUAUUGCCAUUUAACAUAUCUUGAUUUGUCCAAAUCUGAACUUUACCUGAUGUAGCUUUUUAGCCAUUUAUUGUUAGAAUCCUGGUUAAAUAUCUUUCCACUUUCCUUAGUCUGGCCUUAGAAAACCAAGGAACUGGUUGAACAGUUUGUUUAUUGUUGUCCAAUAUGGAAAAAUAGUCAUAUUUUGAAAUCAUUAAACAAUGACAGCAUCCAAUCUAUUUUUUAAUGUGUAGCUUUUAAAACUGAAUAAAUAUAGAUGGUUCAAAGUAAAAUGGUUUCACAAAGCAACAAAUAAACCUGUAGCAAAAUGAAAAAAAAGCAUUUGAUACUAAUGUCUUAAAUCAUUUACUUCUGCUGAGGAACCAUAUCUGUUUGUUUCCAGUACUCAGAAUAGUUACCUUUAUCUCUACUUGCCAUUAUUAGAGACUAUGUAUAUUCACAGUUUGCACAUUCUCUUAAUGGCAAAAAGAAUCACACCUUGAUCUUGUACACAAGCCUUGUAUGAUAUAUUGUUUUCUGAUGACAACAGUUGGCUCUUGAUUUACGAGUGUUGUAUAAUUACUGAAUUUUGGUUAUUAUAAGAAAACUUUGUAUACAUGCAGUAUUGCAUACCAUAUGCAAAUAUGUGCAUUCUUCUCAUAUACCUAACAAAGUUACUGUUGUUUUCAUUAUUACAUGUCAUCUCUUGGUAUUUUAGGGAUGAUGCACGCCUGAUAUAAAUAUGGUCCGCAAAUUCUAGCAGCAUCUCACAGAACAGAGUAAAUUUUAAACACUAGAAGAGCAUCAAGAAAUGUUAAUAUUCUCAAUUAUUCAAAAAUUAUUUUUGGCCCUUAGAAUUGUUGAAUGCUUCAGACUUGUCUGCCAUUUAGGUAAGGGAUUGUUCACCAGAUUUCAAAGCAAUAGUUCGUAGCUUUAUAAAAUUAAAAAGUGUAUUAAAGCAGUGAAGUUAAUCAAGAGUUCAUGUGUGAUGGUGGUAUAAUUUCCUUUGUUUUUCAUGACAAAUCACAGGAUUUUUUGGACAUCUGUAUAUUUGGUGAGGAUAUAACAUAUCUGUAUUUUAAAGAUAUUUUUCUAUUAUUAUUGUAAUGCCAUAUGGAAUGCUUACUUUUUCUUCAAAAAUUUGUUGAUAAAUUCUUUAGGGAAACAGAUAAUGAAAAAAUAAAAGU